AUGCUUUCAACUUAUUCAUUACAAGCGCCAUCAUUCAGCAAUCAUAACCAAUCAGAAUCAAAUAAAUCUAUACCAGAACUAAACCCAAUACAGAAUAUGGAUCUAUCUAAAAAAGAUUUUGAAGUUAAUCAAUUACAAGGUUCAUCACCCGUUAUUAAUAAUAUAAACAAUGAAUCGGAUGAUCCAAAUAAACAUUCAUAUUCGUGCAAAAGAUGCAGAAGAUUAAAGAAAAAAUGUACAAGAACUAUACCCGAAUGUCAAAAUUGCUUUAAAGCAAAUGAAACUUGUGAAUAUGUUCCUAGAGCUCCAAGAAGAAAAAAAGCUGAGAUUUUAAGAAGCUUAAAAGAACAACAAGAACAACAAGAACAUAGAGAAAAUAUACAGGCCCAAGCUCAAGUUCAGGCUCAAAGUUCUUCAUCUUCAACCCCAGUCUUAAGAACUCAAGAACCUUUAUCAAUCCCCAAGGUCAAUCCACUUCAAACAUCUCCACAGAACGUACCAAUAAUCUCACAUCAACAAGGAUAUUUAGAUCACAAUAAUUCAAGAUCUUAUAACAUGGGCUCAACUGAUCCUUUUUCAUAUAAAUCUACUUCCGCAUUGCCACCAUUAAGUUCAAUAACAACAAAUAUUUCAACUAAUGGUCAAGUACCUCAACAACAAUAUUCCCACUAUAAUAAUACCAAUACCACCAUCACAUCAACAGGAACAACAAAAUCACCACAAUUUACAUAUCAUAUAAGUCCUCCACACUCUAGACCUGGAUCUGAUGAAUUUCAAAUACAGUCUUUUAACAAAUCACCUAUAUUCCCACAAUCACAACAACAGAACUUACAACCUCAUAUUCAACCUCAAUUACAACUUCAACAACAAACUCAACCUCAAGGAUCAUCCAUGAUUCAAAAUAAAUUAUUAAAUUCAAUAUUAGGUAUAGAUAAUUCAAAUCAAUCUUCAUAUGUUUUACAAGAAUCAAUAACCCCCAAACCAAACAUUGAUCCAGUAUUUAUUAUAAACCUUGUUAAAGUGUUUUUCAAUGAACAUUUCCAUUCAUAUCCAUUCAUAAAUCGUUCUCAAAUUUUGGAAACUAUAAUGACUUUUGGAAUUGAUAAAAUUGAUACAUGGCCUAUACAAGAAUCUUUUGAAAUUUAUAUGAUUUUAUUCAUUUCUUAUUGUUCAUUAGAAAGAAUUGGUCAAAUUCAAACUGAUUUAGUUAUGAAGAAAUAUUUAAUUUCCAAAUCAAUUGAACAAUCUGGUAAUGUUAUUACAUUUGAUGAUAUUAAUAGCAUUAAAUAUUUGAUUUUAUUAGGAAUUUAUAGUUUAUAUGAUAACCAAGGGUUCACAUCUUGGCAUAUAGCUGGUAAUAUAACAAGAUUAGUUAUUAGUCUUGGAUUAAAUAGAAAUAGCGGAUAUAAGACAAGAAUAGCUGGUAAUAAUGAAGUUCAAAGAUCAGAAAAUGAAUUCAACAAUAGAAUUUUUUGGAGUGCUUAUAAUUUUGAUAGAUUGGUUUCAACUUCAAUGGGUCGUCCUUUUGGUAUUGAUGAUGAUGAUGUUAGUAUAUCUUUCCCAAGUAAAUUAGCCGAUGAGGAUAUUUAUGAUAUUGAAUUAAUUGCUGCAAUUAUAAGUUUAAGAAAAAUUGAAGGAAAAGUUUUAAAAAAUGUUCAUAGUGUUAAUUCAUCAUUAAAAAUUAAUAAUGAAUUUGAAAAAUUUGAUAUAUUGAAAAAUUUAAGAAUUGAAAUUGAAGAUUGGUAUAAUUUAACAAAUAAUUUAAGUGGUUUAUCAAAUAAUUCAUCAAAUAAUAAGAAUUCAAUUUAUAAUGUUUCUUGGUUCACAUCUCAUUAUUAUCAAUUAACAAUGAUGCUUUAUAGACCUUCAUUCCUAAUACCAAACCCAUCAAAAGAAACAUUACAAAUCUUGGGUAAAUCAUGUUUACAAGCUUUAGGUUAUAUCUAUAACUUACACACUAGUCGUUUAUUACAACCAAAUUGGGUAAAUGUGUACAGGUUUUUAACAACUUGUACCACAAUAAUUUAUUGUUUAUGUCAUUGGUGUAUUGAUUUAGUUGAAUCCAAAACAGAAAUUAAUCUAUGUAUUGAGAUUUUAGAUUUUUUUGCAGAAAGAUGGCCAGUUGCAGCAAGAUCUGUUCAAGUUUUCAAAAAUAUUAAUAAGGCUAUCUAUGAUCUUAAAGUUACACAUGAUUGGCAAUUAAAUGAUCCAAAUGAAUUAACUAAUAAAUUUUUUGAAGCUAGUGCAAAUUAUCAUGAUGUUUUGAAUAAUAAUAAUAUUGAUAUUUGGUUUGAUGAUCCUAUAAUUAAGAAUUCUGAACAUUAA